UUAACUCAACCCGAAACAGGCUUGCGACUACUUCGAAAGCUUGAUUGUUACUUCGUUUGAACAACCAUAAACUGACCUGAUGAGCUCUACGAAGUACUUCAGUACUACGAACUAUAGCACGCAGUAAAGAGGCGACUGCAGCUGGCGCGUAGUGUACGGAUUAGUUCCCCAAAAGUGUCAGUGUGGGUCCACUAAGUUGUAGGCCAGGGGCCAUGGUCCACCCGCCUUUGCUAUCCCCACUCAUUCAAUGCGGAAGGCCAGCCCGAGGUCAAGGGAAAUUUUCCAAGACGGGCGACAAGCGAAUCGUUCCCGCUUCGCAACAUCGCCCAUCAGCAAUUCUCCGCGCCCCAGCACGCUCUCUCAACUCUCUCUCAAAACAAUCAUGGAUUGCUCCUGUCGGACAGCAGCGUUGCGGAUUUUCGUGAGAAGUCUCGCGCAGAUUCAAGUUCCAUUGCGUAACACGACACCACGCGCCGGCCGGUACCAGUCGCUCUCGAACCAUCCCAGCCGUGUAUACACCGCGAGGACAAAUUCUGUAUUUACAACCGCGUCACGGGCGCUGCAUACGUCAUGCGCGAGGAGCAGCGCACCGGGGGCGCCUCAGGUUGUUGAGGGAGAUGGCGGAGCGAGCAAACAUGGGGGUGCAGGGCUCCAACAACAACCUACAGCCGACAGCUGUACCACAUCCGAGCAGAAAGAAGCUUCUCCAGGGGCAACGAGGUCCGGGCCGCGCAAUAUCGAAUACCAAGGCAUGCCGGCCGAAAACACUAAGAAAGGGAAAAGGCAAUCGUCUAAACCAGAAACGAGCGAGGAACAGAGCGGCCGGCCCAAGCCCAAGCGAGAAAAAGAACCCUGGAUGAUCCAGAAGGAGGCGCUGAAGAAGAAGUUCCCGGAGGGUUGGAACCCGCGCAAGAGGCUGUCGCCCGACGCGCUGGUCGGCAUCCGGAUGCUGCACAAGCAGUUCCCCCAGGAGUACACGACCGAGGUGCUGGCCCAGAAGUUCGAGGUGUCGCCCGAGGCGAUCCGGCGAAUCCUCAAGUCCAAGUGGGAACCGGACCCGGAGACGGAGCGGAAGCGGCAGGAGAGGUGGUUCCGGCGCGGCAAGCGCGUCUGGACGCAGUGGGCCGCGCUGGGCAAGAAGCCGCCGAGGAAGUGGCGCGCCGAGGGCAUCGUCCGCGACCCCAUCUGGAACAGGCCGAGGGGUCCGAACCACAAGGACAAAGCGGCUCGCGCCGAGGCGCAGCGGAGGCUCGCGAAGGCCAUGAUGGGGUGAGAAAAAAGGGGGGGGGGGUGAUGCAUGGAUCCCGGAUGAUCUGGUCUGGUCUGGCGUCACUGCACUAGUAUGUACGUGACAGGAGAUGAGCAGCGCAUGGCAGAGACGCGCGGCUGAUGAUGCCGGGAGAUCCCGCCUUAAUAUCGUUAUUUGUAUAAUAUUAGGAGGGGAGUUAUGUGGGUUGAUGGGUAGAGGGUGUACAAAAAUGGGUUGUAUGAUAUCCAUGCCUCCAGUGGCCGCUAUGUCUGAACCGCUCUUGAAAGUUACAAACUUUGAAAGCUCUAUCCGGAACC